UUAAAGGGACUGUACACAAUCUCACAGCUUAAAGGAACUGUAUACAAUCUCACAGCUUAAAGGGACUGUACACAAUCUUCACAGCUUAAAGGGACCCCUCAUUUGUAGAGUGGAAUGCCCGAUGCACAACAAUACCCUUUUUCUAAGAGACAAUCAUUAGAACUUAGGAUGUAAAUCCUUUAACUGAAGGGUCAUUUUCAAAUAACGUGGAUAAGCUUGUGUUGCGCCAUUUUUGUUGAUAAACAGGUGAAGAGCUUUUCAAAAUUGCAAGUUUUAAAAGAAGGUUGAAAAGUGCUAUAGGAUGAACUAAAAUAAAGCUACAUAUUGAACCUACUCACAAUUCAAUCAUGUUGAAUGCAUAUAUCCUGUUCACUUUCUUCCGCACUGCUUUAGUUAGAAAAAUUCAAUUUAACUCAUUUUGAUUCAAACUAACCGGAUAUAUCCGUGUAGAACGAACUGUACGGUGUCGGAGCUCGAGGUGAGCCCCUCCCUGAUGUAUGAGAACGAGAUCAUGUGGACCAACACCUUGUUCUCCGUGUCCACCACCAUCUCCUAUAUUCACUUCUUAUACUGGCUUCAGCUUAAUCCAAGCAUAGGACCUGUUGUUAUAUCAGCUAGUCAGGUUGUAACAGAUGUUUUGACGAUCAGCAGUAUGUAUCUGAUUCUUCUCUGUGCAUUCGCCUCCGGGAUCAUUUUUAUAAUCGGGACGGAGAAAAUUACGGAGAGUAUUGAUUUCAAACCUUUAAACUCCUCUGCUCCGACCCCUCUUCAACUCUAUUCAGAGAGCUUCUGGUUGACUGUUGAGUCCUUGUUCUGGUCGUGGUUAGGACCUGGAGAAUCAGAUUUGCACAUAACAGGGAAUUCCUCCCGAGCAAUUCUAGUGAAGGUUCUGGUUGGAAUUUAUCAGGUGAUCGCUGUGAUCGUGUUCUUGAAUCUAUUGAUCGCCUCUAUGAACAGUACUGUGCAGAAGAUUCAGGAUAAGCAGGCGGUGUACUGGAAAUAUGCCAGAGCAGAAGUUUGGAUGAGGUUUUUUGACAAGGAGACUGCCCUUCCACCCCCCUGGAACCUUUUCUAUCUGAUCAGAGUCAUUCCAAGACUGCUAAAGAGUUUGAGAGCAAGGUUAUGUGGAAGAACUACGACAAAAGAGAAGAAAAUUUCUGAGAAUUAUCGAACCUUGAUAAUAUUAUUGAUUCGGAGAAUUCAAUUGAAACCUAAUCAAGAACUACAUUUAUAUCAAUAGAAUAGAGCUCGGAUCUUUUGUAUUGUUAAUCGCUACAGAAACCAUUAAUCCUUUGUGUUUAUCUGUUUUAUGGUUUGAAUAGACUACAUAGAAUAUUGAAAAGACUACAUCUAGAGUUCUAUCUGUAUUGUUGUUAAUCUAUGAACUACACUUUGACAAGUUAAAUCUGUGAACUUUAAAUAUUUACUGUUCAAAAAAGUAAAUGGAAAAAUUGG